AUGCAUUAUGUACCAGCAGAUUUAACAGUUGGUGAUAAUUUUGUCACCAGUAAAAAAGUCAAAUCACUGCUGUUCAAACAACUACAUCGAGACGAAAAGCAGUGUUUUGAAGAGAAGAAGAUGGUUAAACUAUUUAAUUUCCUCUAUAUCUUUAGCGCUUUGCUGGCUGCCAAGAAGUCAACUUUUUCAUUCGGGCGCCAUGUGGCCCAAACGAGAUUGGGAAAGCAAGGCAAGCGAACUCUUGUGAUUCCCAGAGCAAUACAGAUCAAAAUCUGGAAUAAAACGCCUUCAGAUCUUCUAGACGCGAAGUGGAAAGUCCAAAAUCUCGAAAUGGAAGCUCCUUUGUCGAGGGUUGCGGAAAGUCAAAGCCAUCCGGUUGAAAUCGUUACCCACUACACAAAAUCUGUCCUAAAAAAAUCCCCUAAAACAUUGUGGGUCUCGUACAGCAUAUCCCAAACUGAUCGUCGCAUAUGUAUUUAUGGGAAGUUGAAAAUGAACGGCUUGUUGCGAAGACCCAAAUUCAUGUACACUGUUUAUGUAACCGGUUCUAAUGCCUGUGAUCAACCCCGCUCGCCACCUGAAAAUGUUUUUGUGUCUGAAAACAAGGGGAAUGGAUAUAAAUCGUAUUGGAAAUACGUUACUGCUGAGUGUGCUGUUGUGUCGCACGGGCUGGCUCACACGUUGAAUGUAUAUAUUUUGAAUUUUGGUGAUUUGCCGCCCCUGGGUAUGGAUGGGAUGCUUCAGGCGUGGACGAAACAGAGGCAGCAGCCUGACCAGAACCAGCCUGACCAGAACAAACCUGACCAGAACCAGCCUGACCAGAACCAGCCUGAUCAAAACCUGACCAACGUAAACCUGCCUUAUGUGAAUCGGCCUGACCAGAGGAAGCCUAACCAGAACCUGCCUAACGCGAACGAGCCUAACGUGAACCAUCCUGACAUGAAACGCCUAACGUGAACCAUCCUGACGUGAACACGCCUAACGUGAACCAUCCUGACGUGAACACGCCUAACGUGAACCAUCCUGACGUGAACACGCCUAAAGUGAACGAGUCCUAACGUGAACCAUCCUGACGUGAACACGCGUGAACCUAACGUGAACCAUCCUGACGUGAACCACGGCGUGAACACUCCUAACGUGAACCAUUCUGACGUGAACACGCCUAACGUGAACUAUCCUGACGUGAACACGCCUAACGUGAACUAUCCUGUCGUGAACCACGGCGUGAACACGCCUAACGUGAACCAUCCUGACGUGAACACGCCGAAAUUGAACGAGCCUGACGUGAACGAGCCUAACGUGAACCAUCCUAACGUUAACGAGCCUAGCGUGAUCCUGACGUGAACACGCCUAACGUGAACCAUAGUCUAACGUGAACCAUCCUGACGUGAACCACGGCGUGAACACUCCUAACGUGAACCAUUCUGACGUGAACCACGGCGUGAACACGCCUAACGUGAACUAUCCUGACGUGAACACGCCUAACGUGAACCAUCCUGACGUGAACCACGGCGUGAACACGCCUAACGUGAACCAUCCUGACGUGAACACGCCUAACGUGAACUAUCCUGACGUGAACACGCCUAACGUGAACUAUCCUGUCGUGAACCACGGCGUGAACACGCCUAACGUGAACCAUCCUGACGUGAACACGCCGAAAUUGAACGAGCCUGACGUGAACGAGCCUAACGUGAACCAUCCUAACGUUAACGAGCCUAGCGUGAACGAGCCAAGCGUGAACCAGCCUAACGUGAACGAGGCUAACGUGAACGAGCCUAGCGUGAACCAUCCUAACGUUAACACGCCUAAAGUGAACGAGCCUAAAUUGAACGAGCCUGACGUGCACGAGCCUAGCGUUAACACGCAUAAAGUGAACGAGCCUAAAGUGAACGAGCCUAGCGUGAACCAUCCUAACGUUAACACGCCUAAAGUGAACGAGCCUAGCGUGAGCCAGCCUAACGUAAACAAGCCUGGCCACAGCCAGCCUAACCAGAACCUGCCUAACGUGAACCGGCCUAACGUGAACAAUCCUGACCAAAGCCAGCAUAACCAGAACAAGCCUGAUCAGGUUCAACAGGGCAUAAUGCCAGUGGAUGGGGAUAAAGAAGGCACUGACAUUCAACCGGGCGAAAAUACGGACACCGCGAAUGAACCACCAUCACAGCAAGGAACAACAAAUGUGAAUGAACCAGAUUUACCAAAAGUACCAUCCAAUGUAAACAGAUUGCCUUCAUAUGGCCCACCGGCGUGGAAUACGGCUAUUUUCGUCCCACCUGCAAGACAGCUUUCCUAUGGUGAAGCAGUUCAGCCAAGGAUCAGUGGCCGACUGAGGAAAAACCGUAAACCAAGCGGGGGAAGAAAAGUUAAACCGAUGAUGAAUGCUAAGGUUCAACCGAAUGGCCGACUGAGGAAAAACCGCAAGCCAAGCGGGGGGCUAAAAGUUAAACCGAUGGAUGUGCAAGGAAAGAAGAAGAAGAUAUCUUCCGUAAAUUUCACUCCUUUGUUGGAAAGACAGAGCUUCAAAUAA